CGCACUCAAACGCGUAUGAGCAGCCAGCCAUGGUAGAACAACUAAUCUUGCAUACCAAUUACUUGACUCCCCAUAAGCUAGUACUCUUGGUCAUUCUCACUAAAUUCUGCAAUUAUGAAUAUACCGGCAUUGCAGUUCAUAUGAUCAUCCGCUACCUAAUCACCAGUAUACAGCAUUUCGAUGAGUACAAAGAGCCCACAUUAGGUCAAGUCAUGACAAAGCUGGCUGCGAUAGAAAAUGAAGCCAACAAUGAGUCUAUAGUGGAUCCUGUUCGGGAGAGGAUAAGUCAAAUCCAAAAUCCAGAAAGCAUAGAUCAACUCAUUGGAUCGCUGAUGGAUCUGUUAUUGGAUAAUGAAGAUGAGGAGAGUACUACUCCUGACAAAAUGGUGCUGGAUAACCAUAGUGUGUUUGGAAUGUUUGUACGUCGUUGCAGAGUCGAAUAUCUCAAGCUAUCAUUUGAAAGGACGUCCGAACUGUUUGCCAUGUUUAAUUCCUAUCGUUACGGUUAUUCAUCGUUCAUGUCGUCGCAAUCGGAUGAACACAGCUUGAUGGGCAAGAAAUCAGCCCUGGAUAGCCCUUUAGAUAUUAAUGCGGAUUAUAUUGGAGGCUGGGUUUCCAAUCACGAUAUGGCAAGAUUUUUGGACAGGGAAGCCCGUGCGCUAGACAAAAAUGGGUCUUCAAAAGUCAAACCGUUUGAAUUACACGAUCGACUAGCCUUUUUACAGCGACAUGCGCCGGAGUUGGUUAAAGCCUGUCAUGUUAGGUUUCUUAGUUGCAUUCGGAUAGGUGAAUAUGAAGGGGCUCUGGAAAAUCUACAUCGGUUCUUCGACUACUGCUUGCUCAAUCGAGAAAUCCCACUCUAUCAGUAUGCAUUGUUAAACCUUGCCAUACUGGAACACACUUUCGGCCAUAAGCACAAGGCACUAGCGGCUAUCACAGAGGCAUUGGAUGUUGCGCGUGAAAACCACGAUGAGGAUUGUCUAAGCCAAGCGCUCAGCUGGUUGACAUUUAUCGAAUCUAAACACAAUACUGGCGUCAAGCAAAAAUUUGUUUUUGGGGAGGACAAGGCCAAGAAUAAGAACAUAGCCUAUUUGAAAAGUAUGGAUUUGCUAUGGGACAUCAAACGCAAGCUUCAACGGGGUGAUGCACCAGCGGCGGUUCACGAAAAUCUCUUAUCGACAUCAGCCAUUGGAACGAUGCAUAGUCUCGAUCGUAUUUUUGAACUUAAAAAUUUAUUGUCGGCCUCCACCUGGAACGAACAUGGAAAUAGUGCACUCGUCGACUACUAUAUUCAUGCCAGCUUAGACAUCGCUAGUGAACACACUCCAGUGGAGCAAAUCGAAGUAGCAAGUUGCAUGCUGGCUCUGCAGUACGCUCGUCACGGAAACUAUUCCGAAGCACAAUCUACGCUGCAGUCAUUUGCAAUCAAGUACCCUCAUUCAAGUGACUUGUCGCUUUUGUGGAAAAGAUGCUUGAAGCAUAUUCAAGGGCUGAAAUCAACGCUAAAAGUUGCGCCGUCUAUGAUCAGCGACCUUCUAAUAACCCAAGCAUCUUCAAUGAAUCAUCAACAAACCAAGUUUGAAAAUUGGGGGGAUUAUCGUGCCACCAGCUUACGCCACAACUUGUCACCGGAAAUAGAACCCUUGACUAGAGAAACAGGUCUCAUGCUUGAUUCUUGUAUGACUGUGAUAGCUCAGGCUGACAUCUCUAUGGACAUUGAAGACUAUGACGAUGCCAUUGAACGCCUACAAGAAUGUCUGAAGAUGAGCGCAAAAUGUCACUCGGUACCAUUAUACUGUACGUGUUGCAUGAAGCUGGCUGAUAUAUGCAUACGACAGGGUCAAUAUCACAAGGCUUUACAAAUUGUUGAUGCACUUUUUCCAAAGGUCCUGGGUCUAAACUCCUCGCAUUUAACCGCAUAUACGCACCUAUUGCGAUGCAAAGCAUUGUUUGGCCUGUGUAUCUCUGAGGAGCAGCUAAAUUUGGCAGAUAAGGUCACCACCAAUUGCGAUCAAGCUAUGACCGGGUUUUCGGCCAUACAGUGCCACGAAGGGGUCAAGGAGGCAUUGUCGAUCAAGAUGCUACUAUUUAAUAAGCUUGGCCACAUACAUGACCGUGAUGUGAUUGCCCACCAACUUGGGCAACUCCUAACUGACUGACAAAUCAAAGUGAUUUCGCCACAAUAUGAUAAAGACCUGAUAGGCAAAUUGCGUGAAGGACUCUAUAUUAUUUGUUCUAUACCCUUUGAAUAUCUUGGAUACUAUUGUCCAUGUGAUUGGAACUGGAUUUUUCUCAAUGUAAUAGAAAAGUCUACUUUA